AUGCCGGUAGAUCCAUCACAUUCGAUCUUCUAUUGGGAGCUUUCUAUUGUUGUCUCCUCAUCCUCGGCGUCCCCCGUUGCGAUCGGGUUUUCUGCUGCCGAUGGGCCUUUAAAUAGAUUUCCUGGCUGGGAAACAGGCUCCUAUGGAUAUCACGGCGAUGAUGGCCAUGUAUUUGGGUCUGCUGGGCUUGGAACCCCAUAUGGCCCCACCUUUGGAGCUCCUGGCGAUACCGUUGGAGCCCUGGUUGUCUUUUCAGGCACAAAAAAGGAGGAAAGCAUUGUGCCAUCAGCAACUUUGAGGUUUACUAAAAAUGGAAUUUUGCUUCCAAUUGCUUUUACUAUCAACUGGGAUUGCGUCAGUGCAUACUACCCAACCGUCGGCAUGAGAGUGCCUGGAGACAGCAUUACCACUAAUUUUGGAACCAGUCCAUUUGCGUUUGACAUUUCCGGAUUUGUCCAAGUAUCAGUGCCGCCAUCAAGUUGUUAA